GUGGCGUGUCUCUUUUUCCGGCGCAGGCAAAGAGGAAGGCGAAGCGAGGCCUCGGAGCUCUUCAUCCGCCGCGGACUCGUUGCGAAGUUUCCCUAUUUUUCUCCCAAGAAGCCAGAGCUCCUAUUAACCUUCGCCAUGGCGAUGCAAGCGGCCAAGCGCGCCAAUAUCCGUCUGCCCCCUGAAGUAAAUCGGAUUUUGUAUAUCAGAAACUUACCGUAUAAAAUUACAGCUGAAGAAAUGUACGACAUUUUUGGAAAAUAUGGACCUAUUCGACAAAUUAGAGUAGGAAACACCCCAGAGACCAGAGGGACGGCCUAUGUUGUCUAUGAAGAUAUUUUUGAUGCCAAAAAUGCUUGUGAUCAUUUGUCAGGGUUCAACGUAUGCAACAGAUAUCUUGUAGUCUUGUACUAUAAUGCAAACAGAGCAUUCCAAAAGAUGGAUACGAAGAAGAAAGAAGAACAGCUCAAACUUCUGAAGGAAAAGUAUGGAAUAAACACAGACCCACCAAAAUGAAACUCUUAAGCUUAACGAGCAACUGGCUUUUUUGGACACUUUUUGAAAAAUCCCAUUGGUGGCUUUAGAACAACAUGAAUAUUUCCAUAUGUAUAUACCUAAUUUGCAGCAUAUUUACUUGUGAAUUUUAAUUCAUUUACCACUUGGUAAUCCCAGGUUUGAAAAGGCUUGUCACUCCUGCAUCAUCACAGCGAGCAGUACGUUGAAAAUUAAGAUUUGUCAUAGUGUUUGAUUGCUGUUUAAAUUUUCCAGAGGCUUAUAAAAAAGCUUUGUACAUCCUUGAUUAUAUUUCUUUAACCAUUAUAUUCAAGAGAACAUGUAAAAUACAUUGGUGUUAAUAUUAUGUUUUGAUUUGUGUCUAUAAUUGUAUUUUUAUCUUUUCCAAAUGGUGUGAUGUGGGGACCUGAUAGAACUCUGCAGUGACCCAGUUGCUGUCUUCCGCUCCCAUUCUAAUGAUGUUACAUCCAUAACACAAGGGAAAUCACAAGCUCCAAAGCUCUUCACAUUAAAGCUCUUUUUUAAAAUGUGGGAA